CAUUUUUUUUUUUUUCAAAUUUUGUUUUGUACCAAAUUUAUUAAUUGGACUCUGGGAUAGAUCAUGCACGGUCGAAUAUUGAAUGACAUACGUAUUGAACAAGAUCUUGGCAUCCCAUUGUCAUAUGACGCUGCCUGGAGGAUCGCCAGUCGAUGGCCGAAAGAAGUGCGGGGACAACGAGGACGGCUGGGUGAGAAAAUGCGACAGACAGUGCCACCGCCAAGCUCUUGUUGCUACUGCUCGCGACAGAGUUGCUCAACACGCUGCCCAUUUUUUGGACUUUGCAAAUUAGACACAGUCAAUACCGAAGAGAAGGUUCGGGGUGUUAUGAAGCAUACGCAAAAUGAAGAGCCACAAUUGAAAGGUGUACUGCGCAGCCUCAACGAAUGGUAUAAUACCAGAUGUUCGACCGUAUCGGGUCGACCAUUGGAUUUGACGAAAUUUAGUCAAAUGAAGAUUAAGUACAAAAUUCCACCUCAAGAGAUAGGCAAAAGCAAUAAUAACGAAAAGACGCCAAGGCACCAUGUCAAUGUCAAAUCCAAUGUUAGGCGUACAAGCAACAAACCUAUGGUAAAUAAUAAGAAGAAAACAAAAGAAAAGUUGCCAGACGAGCACGACCCUAACGAAUUGUACUACUCAAUUGAGAAAGAGUUGCGAAAUCUUAGCGUAAGUCAGUCGCGGCUUAAGCACAUGAGCGUGAGCCUCUGCCGUUUGGCAUACGACAAAAGGAGUAUGCCCAAGGCGAAGGCGCAGCCGCAGGUUUACAAGUACAGUGUUGAAAAACCUUCUAGUAAUAGCACCAGUGAUGACACUCGAAAUGCUUCUAGUAAGUCAACCAGCUUUAACAAGACAAUUACUAGUAAAUUCAGCAAGAAAAGUAAAUCGAGUGAAACCACGAAGCAGAGUAAUUCCAGCAAGAGCAAUAAGACCAGCAAAAGUAGUAGGGUAAGCAAAAGUAGCAAAGCUGAUGGCAAGAUUAAUCCUAAAACGAAAUGUUCCGUGCCAUCUGAAUCGGACCCCUGUGGCAUUAAGGUGCCCAAAAGUUUGGGCUUUGCCGAUACCAGAAGAAUAAGCAACAUAACAAAGGCCAGUCAUGAACAGCAGAGUGACAGCAAACGAAAUGCCAAGUCCAGCAGAGUAAAAGACAAAGUCGAAGGCACAAUUUCAAAGGCACUGAAUCGGCGGCAUAACCGCGUAGCCGAUGAUGCGUACAACCGGAGCAACAGUAACCAGUCAACCGGCAGAUAUCGCACGGUUCGUUUAAAGCCAGCGGCUGAAAAUCCUGUAAAACAAGCGUCCCAAUCAAAACCGGCUGCGAAUGUUGGAAAUAAUCGCAGUCAAAAAUGCAAGCCACAGACCGCUGGUGGGGGUGGUCUUAGUGUUAAACGCCGAAAGCUCAGUACUGGCGCAAUGGCUAGCAGAGGCGGCGGCGGCGGCGGCAAUGGCAGCGCCAAGAGGGUCAAAAAGACGCCAUCGGUUUGCAUAUUUAAGCCAACAGUCGCGUUGCUGCCGAAAAAUUGCGCCAAGUCCAAGUCUAAUAUGGGCUUAAGGCGAAAGAAGUCGAUAUGUGCACCUGCCAGAGAGUACCUGAAAUGGCGUAAAUGAAAAAUUAAUGUUUUCGGUCCUGCUGAAUGUAAAAUUUUUUGCUAUGUUGUUCGAAAAUUUUUCACAUCUUUUGAAUUCUGUGCGAUUGUGUAGGAGUCCAUUCUAAAUGAGUAAUGCAGAAUCGCAUAGAAUUUAGCAGGUGUGUAAGUUGUUCAUGGUUUCGGUCUAAGCUAUUUCAAUAUGUCAUUGUGAAUGUAAUUGUAUGAAUGUAAUGUAAUUAAAAUUUUAA